UGGGCCGAGGAGUGCUGGUCAUGCGGAUGGAUGAGAUUCCCAGCCAAAAAUUUACUUUAAUUUAAAGUUUAAUUGCGAUAGGAUCGAGUACACACCACCAAGCAGCAUCGUGCAAAGGAUGUUAUGAUAGUUUGUGAGUAACGACAUAAUUAUUGGAGAAGAAUUCUUUUAUUUUUAAGGGAACUUCUGGAGGGUAAAAAAUGGCAAAUCCCAAAUUGUAUAACCAGUCGUCGCAGUUAUUUCCAGCAGCCCGGGCAAUGAAGCAGACGAGCACGACCGUGGCUUCAGGUCUGGUUCCCGGUGUCAACACUUUGAUUCCCCCCGUUCCCAAGCAGAGGGAGACCCAACAGCAUGCAGCAAACACACCCACAACACCAGUUGCUGGGGGCAUAGAGCGCAUAACCCCUGGGGUCCGUGCUAAGCCAGUUGUUGCUCCUCACAGUUUAACAGAGGCGCAGGUUUUGCAGCAGAAGGUAUUUGCUGCGCGCUUGUUGGGUGUACCGGUUGACAUUGCUGGCAAGCUUGCUGUCAGUGGCAGUACUAGUGCUACCACCACCAGCAUCCAGAGUGGGUUGGCUUCCAGCACAGCACCACCAUCAGUAGGCGCAGUGGGUGGAUCUGUGGAGCGUUCACAUGAUGUACGUACGUCGUCGUCAUUUACACUGCCGCCAUUUCCCUCCAUGCUGCAACAGCAGCAGCAGAUGCAAGGCCAAGGAAAGGUUGGUGCUGCAUUUAGCAAUGUUACCCCAGUGGGUACCGUGAGCACUUUCUCUGCAAACCAGCCGCAGCAACAAUUAACACCAGGGCAGUUACAGCAGCUUCCACAAGGCCAGCAGCAGUUUUGGCAAGGCCAACAACAUCAGCUUUCACAUGGUGGACAGCAGCAACAUUCUCAGCAGCAAGGCAUCCUACCGCCACAACAGCAGUAUGCUACAUCUGGCGUUGGUAACGGCAGACCACAGAAUUUUCCAGGUGACAGCUCUGUAGGAAAUGGGGUCCAGACUGUUGUGGGUAGCGUGAAAGGGGCUUUCGGAAAAGCCCAGCAGGGCAUGCGCACCAGGUCGUCAAUCAACACGGGGCCAGGAAUUCUCGGGGCAUACCCUGGUUCUCCUCCGAGUUUGGGUACAUUAGCAAGCAGUGCAACUCAGCCUGCUUCUCUGUUCGGUGUCCAACCCAUGCCAUCGGCUGUGGUGGUCACCAACAGUUCUUCAGCGCUCAGCGCAGCUAUGAGCGUAGCCCCGUCCCCGUCUCCAGCUGCUGCUACAAGAUUGAAUAGCCAGCUGCUCCCCAAUUACAGGGAGACACUGAAGGAGCUGAGCCCUCUUGAGAUGGAAACACUACGCAAGGCCCUGCUGUCCGGCAAGACGGACUCGCUGGGACUGACAUCAGCCCAAGCACUGGACAUUCUGCAAGCCCUGAAGAGUAUCAGCUCAGGCAGGUUGGAGCCGGUGGCUCCCGAGGGCAACAAGAAGACGUCCAGUGGAGACUGGAUUGACCCGAUCAGCACUAACUGGCCAGGAACCGCAGAUGAAGAAUGGAAAGGUCCACAACAAGGGACAAUCCACAGACAAACACCGUGGGCUAGCAGCAAUACUUGGGGUGUUACGGUCAGGUCAGGGGUCGUCGGGUGGAGACAGACUAGGACAGCCACACAUGGAAUCGUCGGUAUUUCGGGGGCUCUCGAUAGCCAACACAGUCCAAGGGUUCCAGGGGGGCAAUGCGUUUGGCGCAGUCCCUGGAGGGGCUGCACCAGGGGGCAGUCCUCUCCCGAUAGGACCAGCAUUAGCUGGGCAAGUCAUCUCCACUGCUGGUGGGAAUUUCCACAUGCUGCAAAUGCAGAGGGAGGAGAUUCUCCACGGUCAGGGAUCAUUCAAGAAGAAAUCAAGGGAUAACUUGGAGCCAGUUGCUAAGCAUAGAAGAGACAGUGAUAAUAAACGGAGGAGUCACAGUCAAGAAAGGCAUGACAGCAAGCAUGCUGGGGACCGGCGAAGGGGGACUGACCCCAAACAUGACGUGCCCGGUGACCGGGACAGAGGCAGACGUGACAACAGAGACAGGGACUGCAGCAGAGGUGAGCUGCACACCUUACGGGAGAAGGAACGAGGGCAUUCUCCGAGCUACCGGCACCACAAUGACAACAGGAAGAGGGGUCACUUCUCUCCACUCAGGAGAACGAGGAGCCAAAGCCGCGAGAAGCACGAGCGUGGACAGAGAAGCCGGUCAAGGGAGCGAAGAGACAGGAUGCACCCAUCCAGCGAUAGGAAGAGUCCACCGUCCCAGACUCGGCAGGGAGACAGCCCUGAGAGGAAGAGGAGACGAUCUGAUAUGGCCAGCGAUAAGGAUGGGUCUGUGGGAAAGAGCUCAUCAGGCUCUCAACCAAACCAAGGAAAUAAGACCCCCACUGGGGACCGACGCAAAAAGGAUGCCCAGUUGAACAAGAAGCCCACACUCAACAAACAAGAUGAGAAGCCUCCGGCAACAUCAGAGAAACCAAAACAGCAGGAAGAACCGAAACCCCGCGAGGCCCCAACUCGGCCAGGCCCUUCCCAGCCCAUACCCUUGCUUGACAUCAUCAUCCCCAGAAAAAGUGCCGUGGCCAUGGCAAGAAGACAGGCCCAACAGGCUGCCUUUGCCACAGUGUCCGCCAAUGCUGGUGUGGUGGCAAAGACCAGUGGCAGCAGUGCUGAAGGCCCUGACCCUAAGCCUCCGACGCCAAGCAGCACCGACAAAACCAAAAAGAGGAAGGAGGAGACAAAGUUGACAACAGAAGAAGCCAGCAAGGUUGCAGCAACCAUGAAGGAUACACCCCUCCUGGAGCAAAUUGGCGAAAGCAGCAUUCAGCAUCAGCUGUCCCUCCUGAGGGAAGUCAACCUAGAAGACCACGUCCAGAACAAGCAAGUGGUAGACUGGUACUGCUACAUUUGUGGCAAGUACUGUUCCGGCUGGUCGGUCUACCUGUCCCACAUAGAGGGACGCCGCCACAUAGCUACCUUCCAGCGUCUCCACGAUGACAGCCAUGUUGCCCUCAGGAAAGCGCUCAUCAGCAAGCUGGCCGAUCUGCCAGACAAAGAGCAGGGUGAUUUCAAGAAAUGGCUGGCGGUUCCCUUGCCCAGCUUUGCCAUCCCCCCACCUGUGCAACCGCUUGUCACAUCUGCAUACUUGAACCAUUUGGAUCAGGCUUUCUUCUGUGGCAAGUGUUUCCGUACCUAUGCCUGCAGCUAUGAGGAACACAUGGCAUCAAAGGACCACAAGAAAUUCCUGAAAAUUCGACCUAAGUGUACCCUGUGUGAGCUGACCUUUGUGAACUUGAAGUCCCUCCGCAGUCAUAUGAAAAAGCUGUCCCACAUUCGGAAAGCUCAAGAAAAGGGUGUGGAUCCUGGCAUAGUGUAUGGAGAUGAUGGCCUCAGUGAGCAGGACGUCGAAGUGGAUGGUAACGAAGAGAACGCCGAGAAUGACGAGACGGAGAAGCACUUAAACGAAAAGGACGAAACUGUCGGGCCAGAGUUCAUCGUCCCCAUCACAGGUUUCUUUUGUAAGCUCUGCUCUAAGUUUUACAAAAAGGAGUGUUUAGCCAAGGCGGUACACUGCAGAACACCCCACCACAAGGAGAAAGUCAAGCAACACUACACAAAGCACAGUGAGUCAGUUGUGGCUGAGGCCAAUUCAGGGAUAGCAGUCAGUGAGAAGAAGUCCUUCCCAGUAGCAAAGAGCAACCAGGAGCAAGGUGUCGGAGACAUGAAGGACGCCACACCUAGGAAGGAUGUCUCAGCUACAAAAGAAGUUCCAGUAAAGAAAAAUGCGCCUACAUUAAAAAAGACAGUUCCGAAAAAGGAUGCGAAACCCAAAAAAGAUAACCAGCCGACGAAAGAUGUCCCAUCCAAGAAAGAUGCCCCAGCCAAGAAAGACGCCCCAGCCAAGAAAAAUGCCCCACCCAAGAAAGAUGUCCCACCCAAGAAUGCCACACCUGUGAAUGUUCCAGCGAAGAAAGAUACCCCAACCCAAAAUGCUUUACCAGCAAAGGAUACUGUGAAGAAGAAAGGUUUAGCAAAGAGAGAUGCUACUCCUGUUAAGGGAACCGUGCCAAAACAGAGUGCCGCACCUAGUAAUGAUGCCACGCCUAAGAAAGCUGCCAAGUCUAGUAAGAAUGAUUUAGACAUGUCUCGUGGCCCCAGGCAGAAUGAGAGAACAGCUGCCAAAGCACCAGAACCCAGUGACAAAUUGUUGAAGGAAAGUUCAUUCACGGAGACUUCUCAGAAAAUGCAGCCAUCCAAACUUGUCCUGUCCAUUCCCAAGAUAUCUACAUCAACCAUUGCUGCUUUGAACGGGGCCAAUUCAAAUGAAGUGGAUUCAGAGGCCUCCACAUCUAAAGCCAUGCCCAAGUCAGCCACAUCUAAGCUGAGCACACCCAAGCCAGCCACACCCAAGCCAGCCACACCCAAGCCAAUCCCAUCCAAGCCAUCUGCAGGAGAAAACAAAAAUCAAGCCAGAAAACCCCGCACAACCAAAUCCAAGAACUCUGGCUCAGACUCCAUUAAGUCUGGCAGUACUACAAGUGAAAAGAAUCUUGUCAACAAUAAAGAAACAUUCCAGUCGCCAACACCCAAAGAGGAAAAGAGAGAGUCUGUCUCCCUUGAGGACAAAUACAAGGAACCUGAAAGCGAGGCUGGAACCACUCCAAACGUCAACGAAGAUGAGGAUGAUGAACAGUGGCUUGGAGAGAUACCAGACUUUGAUAAUAUGAUAUUCAUUGAUGAAGUUGGGGAAUCAGAUGAGGAAGAGCUGAUGGACAUGGAGGUUGAUGUUUCAGAUUAUGAGGAAACUUAAGUGUUCAUGAAUCACAUUCCAUAGGGUGAGAACCGGGGUUGUAGUCGUGACCCCUUAAGACCUUCACAAGGCCCACACAAGACCUCCAGUCUGAAUUCAAGUCACAAGCUAUUCAAAUGGACUGCAACAAA